ACUAAAUCCAAUGUGAUAGAGAUAAUAGCAACAAAAAGAUAGAACAGCGGAUGCCACAUUGAAAUGAGUGCGAAUUCCCCUUGAAAUGCUGAAGCUCAGCUCUGCAAAAUGUAGUUACUAGUCUCAAAUCUGAAGGUGGAAACCAUGAAUUUUAACUUUUGCGACAAAAUAUUUCUGUAGUUGAAACAAUGAGGUUGGAAUCGAAUCCUCUCCAUAAUGGCAAAAGGGCUCGCGAUGCCCAGGACGAUGAAUACCUCGACAACUACCAUGCCCACAAGAGAUACCUCACCGAGGUUAUGGCAUCGAGCUUAAAUGGGUUAACAGUGGGAGAUUCUCUUUCGGAAAGCCCGAGGAUGUCUCCGUCGAGAUUGGAUCCGAUGGAGUCUCCUGCACGGACAGAAGUUGUAAAUUUCUUGAGGGAGGAGCUUGUUGCUCAGGAUUCUCCUAUGUCAGAAGAUAGUGAUGAUUGUGUCAAUUAUCGUAUGGUACGAUAUAAUGAGUCUCCCCAGCAUAUUUCUCUUACUCCAUCAGAUCAAGUUAUUGGAUGUCCUACAAGCCCUGUUUCACCACAAAGGAAUCAAAAGAUCGUUAACAAUGUUGGAAGCCAGUUUGGAUGCUCCUCUUUUACAUCAUCUGUAGGAACUGGUACGUCUUCGUUGGCAUGUGUGGCUUCAUUUCCAUUACAGUGCGCUCAGACAAGGCAGCGAAACUCAGAUUCUGAGAGUCGAUUUCCACCAUCCCCAAGUGAUCCUUGCCAGUCUGCAGAUCUGCGGAGGGCUGCUCUUCUACGGUCUUUACAAAUGCGAUCACAACCACCAGCUAUGCCUUCAUUUGAAUUGUCUGUAGAUAAUAUUUCAGAACAAGGCAUCCAUCAUAUUGAAGAGUCUGAAUAUCCCUUUGGCUCUUCUGCCCAUGGAAACUUGUCUGCGCAAACAAUCAGAGGUUCAGGCCGAGUUCGAAGUUUGCUUCUUGACGAGUGCACACUAAAUCCUCCAGUUUCCAUGUCUGGCUUAUCAACUCCCUCUCAGCAGGAUGGAAAUAUUACUCAAAUAUCAUGCACAAAAAAAGCUAACCGCUUCAGUAACAUGAAUUCUAAGACCAAAACUGGUGACGUGGAAUCUAAGGCAAAGGAAGCGUGAUGCUCACCAAAUCUGUCUGAAGUAGCUCUUUCGGCCUCCAGUAGGGAUGCAUUCAGAGUUAUGCCAGAAAACAUGUGUGGAACUAAAUUUACUCUAGCUUGCUGAAGCUUUUUAAAUACGGGAAAUACACGAGUUUAUUUACGCAUGGCAUUACCAGAUAACCUUUGGCGAUAAGUUUAAUCCUAUCUGUCCAUUUUAAAGUAAGCAUAUAAUUCAUGGAUGUUUUCUGGAUUCAAGGGCUAAUUCAUAUCGGCAUAACAGCAUUUGCUGUUAAUGCUAAAGCAGUCUUCACUGUUUCAUUUGGGUUGGAUAUGUUAUAUGAUUCAAGGAUAUUUGCUGGAUUCGAGUGAUAAUUCAUAGCAGCAUAGCAACAUUGCUGUUAAUGCUAAAUCAGUCUGCACUGUUUCAUUUGGGUUGGACAUGCUCAUUGUGGGAGUCAAAGAAUUGAUUAUUUAAUUCUGGUUUUGGCAUGAAACAUAACCAGAGAAGAAUUGUUGUUCAAGGUAUGUUGUCAUGUGCCCAGUACUAAUAGUUGUCACCAAUCGUCCACCCCCCUCAAUCCUUGAAUUGCACUUGUUACAUUUUUCAAAUUGAGGGGCGCACAGUCUAUCUAUCUGAUGUUAAACUUUCUGGAUUGUAUUUGGACUGUAAUGCAAUUCUUUAAAUUUCAUUUUA